AAACACACUAUUUUAAACGCUUUAAUGAUAUGUAAACAUAUUUAAAGCGCAGCAAAAUGGCAAUGAGCACGAUGCGAGGCUUUGCCGGAAGCAUCGCGAGUCAUACAUAUAGCGGCUUCCUAAACAAAACUACAGCUGCCAAUGCCAGGAAUUUUAGAACUACGUUAAUACGUAGAGUUGGAGCAGUGCCAAACGCCGCCGAUUUACUCAAACACAGCAAAAUAAUCACAAACGCCAACAAUCAACCUCCAUGUGAAAUUACCACGCUGAAAAAUGGACUUAGAGUGGCAUCUGUAUGGAUGCCAGGGAACUCGACAACAGUGGGAGUAUGGAUAGAUAGCGGCAGUAGAUUCGAGACUAAGGAAACCAAUGGAGCUGCACACUUUCUGGAGCACAUGAUCUUUAAGGGAACUAAAAACAGAUCAAGGCUGGAGCUCGAGGAGGAAAUUGAACAGAAGGGAGCCCAUCUGAAUGCAUACACAGCCAGGGAACAAACAGGGUACUAUGCAAGGUGCUUCAAUAAAGAUGUGCCCUGGUGCACAGAACUGCUCAGUGAUAUACUGCAAAAUAGCCUAAUUGAACCAAGCCAGAUGGAAGCUGAAAAACAUGUAAUACUGCGAGAAAUGGAAGAAGUAGAAAAGUCAACAGAAGAAGUCAUAUUCGAUAGAUUGCACAUGACAGCAUUCAGAGAUAGCUCGCUGGGAUUCACUAUCCUGGGACCAGUGGAAAACAUACAAAACAUGAAGAGGGAGUACCUAGUGGACUACAUACAAAAGAACUACACAGCCGAUCGUAUGGUAUUCUGCUGCGUAGGUAACGUGGAGCAUGACAAGGUUGUUGAACUAGCAGAAAAACACCUGUGUACCAUACCACAAGGAACUGGGAAGGUACAAUUGGAGAAACCAUACUUUGUAGGAUCGGAAUUACUCAACAGAAAUGAUGAUAUGGGACCACACGCGUACCUAGCAGUGGCAUUCGAAGGAGUGUCGUGGACUAACCCGGACUCUGUCUGCUUCAUGCUCAUGCAAAGCAUCAUUGGAAGCUACAAAAAGAACCAAGAAGGUAUUGUACCAGGAAAGGUAUCUGGAAAUAAAACUGUACAUGCAAUUGCCAACCGGAUGACAGUGGGUUGCGCAGAAGCAUUCAGUGCAUUCAACACGUGCUACAAGGAUACCGGACUCUUCGGGUUCUACGCACAGUGCGACGAAGUUGCAGUCGACCACUGCGUUGGAGAACUCAUGUUCGGAGUCACAUCAAUGUCAUACAGCAUCACAGACGAAGAAGUGGAACGCGCUAAAAGGCAACUCAUGCUACAGUUCCUCUCAAUGAACGACUCCACAUCAACCGUAGCUGAAGAAGUAGCACGACAAAUCAUCGUAUACGGCAGACGAAUGCCAGUCACAGAGUUCUUACUCAGACUCGAACAAAUCGACGCAGAAGAAGUUAAACGGGUAGCAUGGAAGUACCUACACGACCACGAAGUGGCAGUCACCGCCAUGGGACCACUACACGGAAUGCCUUCACUUAUCGACAUUAGACAAAAAACAUACUGGCUGAGGUACUAAACAAAGCCAAACAACACA